AUGGCCGGUCAAGCCGAUAUCUCUAGCAUCCUGGCCGCUCUGGCUCAGCGUCCUGCUUCCAAUCCUGGCCAGCCCCAGCAGCAAGGCCCUCCACCCGGUGGCAUGCCUCAAGGCUACCCUCAGAACCUCGGGCCCGCUCAGAUCCCUACCCCCUCACUUGGCGGCUUCCCUCUACCGCAGCCAUCCAGCUCUGGCAGCGUCGACCUCAGCGCCAUCCGCCCCGUCAACACCGGCUCCGUCAGUAUCGCAGAGGCCAUAGCCAAGGCAAAGAGCAUUGCUGCCGACCGCGGCAUUUCCUACGACAACCGUCCUCAACAGCAGAUGCACCAGCAGCCCCCACGCGCUGACCCUCGUCUUGCCGGCAGACAGCCCUACCAGCAAUCCAGAUCCCGCUCGCGCUCCCCUCAGCGCCGCGACAACUUCCGUGGCAACUUCAACCCCUACCGUGAUGAGCGUCGCGACGCCGAUCGCAGAGACCGUGGCUACAACAACCGUGAUAGAUCUCACUCUCCUGGCCCUCGUGGUGGAAGAGGAAACUUCUCACCCGGUCCCGCCGCUCGCAACCCUCGCUCCCCUACCUCGCGCGGUGCUCCUGCCGACAGCGAUACUAUCUCGGUCAAGUCUGCCCUUGUCGGUUUGAUCAUUGGUCGCAAUGGAGAGAACCUGCGACGCGUCGAGUCCGAAAGCGGCGCUCGUGUUCAGUUCAUCCCAGCCAAGGAGCCCAAUGCUGUCAACCGUCAAUGCACCAUUUCUGGACCUCCUCAAGCCCGCGAAAUCGCAAAGCAGGAGAUAUUCCGCGUCAUGGACGAGAACGGUGGCAGUGUGCCUCCAGAGCGUGGCCCUCCUAUGGGUCGCCCUCAGCAGCCUAUGAUGCAACAAAGGGAUCAACAACCUGCUCUGCGCGAGGGUGAAAACAGCGUUCAAAUCAUGGUUCCCGAUAAGACGGUCGGACUUAUCAUCGGCCGCGGCGGUGAGACCAUCCGCGACUUGCAGGAGCGCAGUGGCUGCCACGUCAACAUUGUCAGCGAGAACAAGAGCAUCAACGGCAUGCGCCCCGUCAACCUGAUCGGUUCGCCCGAAGCUGCUCGCAUCGCAAAGGAGAUGAUUCUCGAGAUUGUCGAGAGUGAUGUUCGUCCUCCUCCUGGCCAUCCCGGACACCAACCUGCUCCUCAGGAAUCCCGAGGACCUGCGCCUUUCGACCCCUACCGUGGAGGUAUGGGUAACGACCGUGGUGGUAACGACAAGAUUACCGAAGAAAUCUACGUGCCGUCAGAGGCAGUUGGUAUGAUCAUCGGCAAAGGAGGUGAAACCAUCAAGGAGAUGCAAGCCACCACGGGAUGCAAAAUCAACGUCGGCCAACCUGAACAGCCCGACGUUCAGCGCCGCAUAGGUUUGGUAGGUAGCCGCUCUGCCAUCGACGAGGCAAAGGGCGCUAUCUGGGAAAAGGUCGACACAGUGCAACAACGUGACCGUAAUGGUGGUGCAAGAGAACAACGUGCUCCUCGUAAUGACUAUGGUGGUGGUAACAACCAAUACUCACAGCAGCCUCAGCAGCAAGGAUAUGGACAGAUGGGCGGUGCUGCUCAAGCCAUCUCGGCACUGUCGGGCAUGUCCGCUACGCCUCAGCAGGCACCUGCAGCUGACCCCAACGCGGCCGAUCCGUAUGCUCCUUACGGCGGCUACCAGGCUUACUGUGCUAUGUGGUAUGCUGCUCUUGCCCAGAACGGCCAGGGCGGACAAGGUCAACCCCAAAUGCCGCCUCAAUAG